AUGAGCUCCCUUGCGACAAAGCAGCAGUCGCUCAAGAUCUUUGAGAAGUUGAAGACCAAGCCUGCCAACAAGAUCUGCUUCGAUUGCGGCCAAAAGAACCCGACAUGGACCUCUGUCCCCUUUGGCAUCUACCUCUGCCUUGAUUGCUCUUCCAACCACCGAAACCUUGGUGUCCACAUCUCCUUUGUGCGAUCAACGAACCUCGACCAGUGGCAAUGGGAUCAGCUGCGAGUGAUGAAGGUCGGUGGCAAUGAGUCUGCCACCAAGUUCUUCCAGCAGAACGGUGGUACCGCGGCUCUCAACAGCAAGGAUCCUAAGACCAAGUAUCAAUCCAAUGCUGCUACAAAGUACAAGGACGAGCUCAAGCGCCGCGCUGCGCGAGAUGCUCAAGAUUACCCCAACGAAGUUGUUAUCACCGAUGCUGUCGACGAUGGCUCUGCUACCCCUGCCGGCGAGCCUGACGACGACUUCUUCUCUUCCUGGGACAAGCCUGCCAUCAAGCGACCUACACCUCCCGUCUCCCGCACCGGAACCCCCCCUGUCGUCGGCCGUACACCUUCCCCUUUCUUGAACUCUGGUAAUGCUGGCAAUGGGAAGGAUAUCGCCCGUACCGCUUCGCCCCUUUCUCGAACCUCCACCGGUGAGAACAAGCCUGCCGCCAGCCGAAUCACCACCUCUGCCGCCCUCCGCAAGACGACUACUUCCACCGGACCCCGAAAGGCCAACGUUCUCGGUGCCAAGAAGACCACCAAGCUCGGCGCAAAGAAGGUCACCAGCGAUGUCAUUGACUUUGACGAGGCCGAGAGAAAGGCCAAGGAGGAGGCCGAUCGUAUUGCGAAGCUUGGCUACGACCCUGAUGCCGAGGAGGAUCCUGCCACCAAGAACUCUGGAUCAGCUGCUUCUAUCAUCUCUCCCACUCCUGUUAGCCCCAGCCGUGGAAACAGCUCAUCGCAUACACGCCAGAAGUCAGAUGCCGAAGUUGAGCGAUUGGGUAUGGGCAUGAACCGUCUAGGAUUCGGACAGGUUGGUGGUCCCAAGGCUGCUACUUCCUCUGCCCCUAAGAGGAAUGCUGGAGGCUUUGGCUCCGUUGGCCCUGUGAGAGCCCAGGAUGUUGACGAUUCCGAGCGAUACGCCCGUGAAAAGUUCGGCACACAGAAGGGUAUCUCGUCCGACGAGUUCUUUGGCAAGGGCGCUUUCGACCCCAGCCAGCAGUCCGAGGCCAAGACCCGUCUCCAAGGUUUCGAGGGCGCUACCGCCAUCUCUUCAAACGCCUACUUCGGACGACCAGAGGACGAGCCCGAGGAGGAGUACGGCGACCUCGAGUCUGCCGCCAAGGACUUUGUGCGCAAGUUUGGCAUCACAGCCGGUGACGAUCUCGAGAACCUUACACAAAUGGCUGGCGAGGUGUCUACCCGACUUCAGGGAGCCAUCCGCUCAUACCUUGGAAACUAA